AUGCGCACCCGGAUGCCAGCAUACAUCGAAGGUCUACAAAAAGAUAUCGUCCAAGCCCUCGAAGCUCUCGAUCCAAGCACUUCAUUUCAUUGGGAUCAUUGGUUACGCGAAGCUGGUGGAUCCGGUACAUCGUGCGUACUUCAAGAUGGUUCCGUAUUUGAAAAGGCAGGUGUAAAUGUAUCAGUUGUACAUGGAAAACUACCUCCUGCAGCUGUACGUCAAAUGCGUGCAAGGAUUGAUGAAGAUCGAUUUGGUUGGUGGGAUGGUACUACCGAACUACCUUUUUUCGCGUGCGGACUUAGUUUAGUGGUUCAUCCCGUGAAUCCAAUGGCACCAACCGUCCAUCUCAAUUAUCGAUACUUUGAAAUUGAUGAUCCAAAAGAACCAGAAGGAAUUCCAAAAGUAUCUUGGUUUGGUGGUGGUACCGAUCUAACACCUUCUUAUUUAUUCGAAUCAGAUGCAAUUCACUUUCAUCGCACACUAAAAGAUGCUUGUGAUGAACACGAUAAAUCUUAUUAUCCUUGUUUUAAAGAAUGGUGUGAUGAUUACUUUUAUAUACCUCAUCGCGGAGAACGACGUGGAGUGGGAGGGAUCUUCUUUGAUGAUCUAGGAGGUGAUAUGGAAAAGCUCUUUGACUUUGUACGAGGACUUGGGAAUAGCUUCUUGCCGGCCUAUAUGCCAAUCAUUGAACAAAGGCAAUGGAUGCGAUACUCUGAUCAUCAAAAACGCUGGCAACAACUUCGUAGAGGUCGAUAUGUGGAGUUCAACUUGGUCCAUGAUCGUGGUACUAAGUUUGGUCUUGCCACUCCUGGUGCCAGGGUCGAAAGUAUCCUAAUGAGUUUACCUCUCACCAGUCGAUGGGAAUAUAUGCCUCAAAUUGGCACUCAGGCUGGAUCCGAAGAGGAAAAGGUCUUGAAAGUUUUGAAGGAGCCAAAAAAAUGGGUAUGA